AUGGACAUCAAGUCCGGUUUACCGUCAAAAAAUUUAUAUGAAGGCCUGAGCCAUGCAAUUGAAAAUUCAUCAUGUUUUGUCUGCUUCAUGACGCCGGACUAUCAAGAAUCAGACUUUUGUAAACAAGAAUUCCAAUAUGCGAAACAGCGCCGCAUACCCAUCAUACCAUUAAAGCUUGAUGAGAACUGGGAACCAACAAAUUGGCUUGGUCUUCUAACGGUCGGCCUGGUAUGGCUUGAUUUUUAUCGUACAAAAGACUUCAAAACCAAAGCCUCAGAAUUACAUGGUCGUAUUUGCGCAACUGUCGGUAAUCUAUAUCAAGAGUCAAAGUCACAAGAAUCGUCUUCAAAGACAAAACCGAAAGGCACUUCUGUCAAAAGGCAUGAAAAAAUACCGGAAAAUUCAUGCGACGGACACAGUAAAAAAGGUCCAAAAUUUCGGUGUCCUCAAAAUCCGAGUAAGAGGCUAAAUAGUUUGUUUUUCUGCUUUACAAAGUUGAUAAAUGAGUACGAUUGGACUUUUACUAGUAUUUUUCUCAUAAAAAUCGUUCGAGCUAAUAGAUAAUUUCGAAAGAUAUGUGAACCUACUCUCAUACUCGACGGUUCCCAUUGCUACAACAAAAGUAACCUGUAAAGAGAGUUCGUCGAGUUCGAGUGGAAUAUUUUCGGAUCUGAUUAGGUCUACGUUUAAGCAAUGCGCGGCUCAGGAAUAUUCAUACACACCACUGACACUAGUCCUUUGAUCUUGGGUCCUAUUCUGCAUGUGGCGCAGGCGCGUUCUACGUUUUGGCAAAUACUUUUUUCACUUUGUGUAGAAUGACACAAACCACUUUAUAGCACCACUGUCGAAAGGGGAUAAUACCACUGAUAUUCACCCCGAAAAUAGAGACCAUAACUUAUAUAAGUGUUUAAAAAUUCAGCCGUAAGGACCUUUCUGUUGGACAGAACUUACAAUAUCCGUUUCAGAUGUAGAGUUAUACUGUUUAGAAAAAUCGCAGUGUGAUCCCCAUCAUGUUUUAUGCAGUUAAGUCGCCAAGACCUCGUUCUGAUCAGCCUAUAGAAGAUUCUGCGCAAAAAAUGGCAUCAACUCACACAAAACUUGCUGUCCAUAAUUCGACGGUGCAAAGUUUAGGGACCAGAAACCUCUAAAAGUUAUUUUUUUGGGAAAUAUUUUUCUUUGUAAAAGUUUAAACCAACAACGUGUACCGGUAUCCUUUUCAUAUGUGAGAUAAAAUCUUUUAAUUGGUUUUGGAAUAAUUUCAGACAGCUUUACUAGAAAUCGAUCAGUCUUCUAGAAAUCAGAUAAAUCUAAGCGACUCAUCACUAGUUAAAAUAGGAUGCGUCGCUUGCCUUCAGUUUAGGAUAUAAGUUUAUUCUGACCUCUUAUGGGGAGAUGUUUUUGCAUUCUGAUAAUUUUCUUACAAUUUCUCUGAGGUUCCAAUGAGCUCCAUGUUUUCUCACAAUUUUUGAGAAGUCCUUGGGAUUCUGCAUAUCGAGAAAUCAAAAAAAUGUUCAUAUCGCUGCUUUUCUCUCAGUCCCUUCAUUAUCGUGCUCGCUGUUGCAUUCAGUCACAUCUAAUGAGAGUUUCCUUUUUUUAACUAUUUCGAAAUCAUCCUAUCUCAUUCAAUAAAAUGGUAAGACGAGCUUCGAGUGAAAAAUCGAGAUUGCAUAGCCGAAAUACUCUCAAUCAUGAAAUAGAAUUCUUGCGAAAAAUUAACUGUUAAACGUCUAACGAAAGUUCUUUUCUUGUAUUGUGUUGUUUCAGGUGCCCAGUCAGAACCGUUGAACAACUCGGAGUCCGAAGAAGAUGAACUGGUACCGUACAUACCCCACUUGAAAAUUGAAAAAGCCGAAGGCACUCCAUAUUGCGAUCAAUCGUUUCAUCCAAACGCUGGUAAUCAUCCGAAAAAGUCAUGCAAAUUUGGGAUGGAAUGUUAUGAUUACAGUGAUUCACACCGAGCACGGUUUUCACAUCCAUCCAACAGAGAUGAGAUUGUCCAACGCUCUAAGCAAACACGACCGUGCAGGUAUGGAAUGAAAUGCUUCGAUAUGAGUGACUCACAUCGAGCACAAUUCUCGCAUCCAUCGAGUACCGAAGACGGUGACCAACCCACUAAGCAACCAAAGCCGUGUUGGUACGGCACCGAGUGUUAUGAUACGAGUUCUUCACAUCGCGCAAAGUUUCGGCAUCCAGAAGUUUCUGAAUGAGGAGGGUGAGGGGUGUGAGGGUGAGUAAUAAACUCAAAGAUAAAUAGAUUCAAAGCUGUAUACGACACGUUUCGAUUGGAGCUUAUCCCAAUCACCAUCAGGUAUCUUUUGAAUGUAUGGUUUUAGUGUAUGUGCAGAAGUUCUGUUUU